UUGUUACAAUGUAGCAAUUUCUCUAUUAAUCCAAAAAACUGUUACAAAGCUGCAAUAUUCGCGAACUGCACGCGAGCCACGAACUGCACAGCUACCGCAAUCGAAGCGCCACGCUGCCGCACGAACCGGCGAACAUGCUCAUUUUCCACCGAAUUCCCAAGCAUACCCCCCUCAUCCAAGAGUAUUCCAACAUUAACUCAUAUUUUGCUUACAAGGAGAGAUAGCUAGCUACGCAAUUGCGUUUACGCUUCAAAUCAGACAAUACUGCCUUGUCUUUGUCAAAUCGAGGCAUCGUUGUGCACUAGGGGUGUUAAAAUUGUGUCACUCGCUGGUUUGUUUUGAAUGUCAAAGCCUCAAGCUAGCUGUACGUCUCAAUAUUGUUGAUAGCUUGUUGGCUUAGCUGGUUAGCUAGCUAGGCUAACGAAAGUCAACCCAGAUGCGUUAAAAUGACUGAAAAUAGAGGCAAAACAGUGGUUUAAAAUUAAACGUUUUGUUAAAUUAGUGUUUUAAGUCAGCAGUGUGGCUACGAAAUACUCCGUGUUGUGAGUAAUAAGCGAAAUAUACAUGCAAAGCUCUUUGAAAACACUAGCUAGCAUGUAGCAAGCCUCUUGCAGUGACUCCAUUCAUAUCCUGCGUACUAGCUGCGCUCUAACCGAGCAAUGGCUACGAUCUGCUGCUGCUUCAGAGCGGCAACUGGGUGUACGGUCGCUUUAUAGGUCUCGGUAAACUCGUGGAAGCUGAUUUGAGAUGGUGUUUUCGUGUUGUUGGAAACGAAAGGCACAGCUGGUGUUUUGAGUUGUGGUAAAUUCAGCGGGAGGCGAGAGCCCGUUCUCGAAAUCUUUGCAGGCGGAGCGAAAACCGCGCGUUUUCAGUUUGUUGUCUAUUGCCAUCCGCUGUUUUUUCGGAUUUUAACAAAUAUGAGUUCUGCUUGGUAUCUCGAUGGGUUCCUUACCACAUGGGGAUUUCUGUUGUUGAUAAGUGUAGGUGUUAAAAGACGUUGAAUUUUUUGAAAAUCAGUUUCUGUAUUUAACUGUAAACUUUAUUAUUAUUUUAUAAUUUUAAGGACCUCAUAUUUUAUUUAUCACGUCAUGCUUGCUUUAUCCUAACAAGACACCGAAAUAUCUGACAGUGAUAGGUGAUGUAAUGAUUUAAUGAGUCAUUACUCAUAAUUUGAAUUUUAAAAACACACAGGGGAAAAUCAAGGACUUUGAAAUUAAUGUGAUGGACUUCAUAAAUGUUUAUUAAUAUUGUUAUUAACUAACUAUGUAGCCCAUACUACCUAAGAGUAAUUAGAGUGAGUUUAUGUUAUUCGGAAACUAUAAGAAAAACAUUAACAUUGAAAUUUGUGUUGAUAAUGUAUAUCUAGAAUGGGUUAAUACCAUAAAAUUUCUUGGUGUGAUCAUUGAUCAUAAGGCCUGUUGGAAAUCACAUAUCACUUAUGUGAGGGGAAAGUUAGCACGGGGCAUUGCUGUCUUGGGGAAAGUAAAACAAUUUCUGGAUAGGAAAACAUUGUAUAUGUUAUAUUGUGCUUUACAAUUACCAUACAUGAGUUAUUGUGUAGAGGUUUGGGGCAAUACAUAUAAAAGUAAUAUUCAGACUAUAAUCAUAAUGCAGAAAAGGGCUAUUAGACUAAUAAAUCAGGAGGGGUAUAGGGCUCACACAAACGCACUCUUCAUUAAGACGCAAGCUAUAAAAUUCCAGGAUCUGGUGAAGUUUAAAACGGUGCAAAUAAUAUAUAAGGCAAGAGAAGGGAUGCUCCCAAUCGAAAUAAGUAAAUGGUUCUUAGAAAGAGAAGGGAGGUACAAUUUUAGAGGGAAGUGGAAUUUAAAAUUACAAAGAGUAAGAACAACAUUGAAAAGGAUGUCUAUUUCAAUAGCGGGAGUUAAAUUCUGGAAUGAAUUAAAAGAAGAAAUAAAGGUCAGUAGUGAUAUAAACCAGUUUAAAAUAAAACUCAGAAAAGAAAUUAUAAGUAUAAGUAUAAGAAUGAAGAAAAUGCAAUUAACCCAAGACAGCAGUUAAACUGAUGUUUAUUUUCUUCUGCAAAUUAGCAAAUCUAAAUAUAGUUUUAGUUGAACAUGAGAAAAUAUAUUUUUGUGAUGUUAUGUUCUAAGUUGAAGGCAUUGUAAUUAAAUGUUUUUUGUUGUUCAAAUUUAGAUGAUGAUGAUGUAAACCUGAGGGGGUAGGGCUAAAUAAGUACAUACUUCUGCCUACUUUUCAAACAACUACAUGGAAAGAUUUUAUGAAAUGUUGGUGAAUGUAUAUGUUUGAAAUAAAAAUGAACUGAACUGAACUGAGUGUUUAAAUAUAACUUAGUCUUUUUGGAUGCCAAAUGACCAUGAUGGUUAGUCCAGCUUACUGGAUAGCUUUGGAAGCAAGAAAAAUGUUUAGAUUUUUAAUGCUUGUGAUUUUUCAAUAAAAUGCAUUUCUAGACCUGGUAGAGUUAUGACAUUUUUACAUUACAGCUUAAUCCAUACCCUAAACUAUGUUGGAAUUGAAAGUAUUUCUGUAUCUUGACAAAUUUUUAGUCAUAAAGAGUAAAAUAAUACAUUAGUUCAGUUUAAAAACAGAAUUAGAAGGUUUUGUGCUUUUAGAGAGAUACUGUAAGCUAGUAUAGGCUGUUCUUCAUCAGUGUUGCACAUCGAUAGGUAAUUAAAUGUUAAAUGUUUAGUUGUACUCUAAUAAAUUAAAAGGAACGUAUCUUAUUGUGAAAUUGUUUUACUGGUGUGGCUCACUAGAGAUCAAAUUCAGUUGUAUGUGGCCCAUUAACUGAAUAUAGUUAGAACCCCCUCUUUGUCUAAACUAACGAUCUGAGAACAUAAUAUUAAGAUCUGUGGUUUCUUUUUGUAGUUCUUCUAAGGAGUGAGCAGCUAACUCAAAUCUAUGUUCAAUUACAAUUAUGACUUCCAACAGUUAUGAAAACAAGAUAAAUGAGUUGUCAUGGAUGAUGAAGACGGCAGGUGCCUUCUAGAUGUAAUUUGUGACCCAGAAGCUCUCAAUGACUUUCUUCAUGGAUCUGAGACCCAUGGCCACGUUCCAGAGGUCCAGCCUACAGCCCAGCUGUCGGCCAAUGAGUCAACAGGCCUUCCUAGAGUCAGUGUUGACUUGGACUUCUUGGAGGAUGAUGACAUCUUGGGAGGGUCCCCAGGUGGAGAAGGUGGGAGCAAUGGCAUUGGGACAAAUCAUGAGCCAUGUGACAUCUUGCAGCAAAGUUUGGCUGAAGCCAACAUCACAGAGCAAAGCUUACAGGAGGCAGAAGCUGAGCUGGACCUGGGCUCCUUUGGAAUUCCAGGCCUUACACAGGUGGUUCAGACACUGCCUGAUGCCAGCCUUGCUGGGGCUGGAAACAGUGCUGUUGGUGUAGGCAUUGGUGUUGGGGGAGCAGCAACAAUUUUUCCCGGGUCAGCCACGAGCACCACUGCUACUCCCCCCAACGCCACAACUGACAUGCUAGGGUCAGUCCUUGCUCAACAGGGCCUUCAACUCCAAUCCCAGGUCAUGAACAAGGCAAUCAGUGUUCAGCCAUUUAUGCAGCAAGUGGGCCUAGGAAAUGUGACGCUUCAACCCAUUUCAAGUCUUCAGGCUCUUUCUAAUGGGAGUCAAUCUGGACAUUUGGGUAUUGGACAGAUUCAGGUUGUGGGUCAGCCUACCGUCAUGACUAUCAAUCAGUCUGGCCAGCCAAUCCUGGCUAAAGCCAUGAGUGGUUACCAGUUACACCAGUCUGGGCCAGAGGUAUCAGGUGCUGGUCCUCAGCCAGGGCUUGGAGGCUCAGGAGGUGGACUUCUGAUCCAAAGUAAUAAAGCUACUCUCGGAUCCCCAGCUUUAAAUGGACCGGCUGUUUGUGUCAGCAGCACAAACAGCAGCAGUGGUGGUACAAUGACUGCUCCUGCUGGGCUUGUGGGUUUUGGCAACACCCUUCUAAGUUCAGGAAUAGGAUCCCAGACACAACCUCAAGGCCAAAUCAUGCAGAACGUGAUCAUCCAGCGCACACCACCACCUAUUCAGCCUAAACCCCCUCAGGGGGGAGCCAUCCAACCGAAACUCUUCAAACAACAACAGCAGCCACAGCCAGCACCCCAAGUCUUGCAAAAUGAUGCCCACAAGGCCCUAGGGCUGCAGCAACUUCCAGUUUCUGCUGCUCAGAAUGUAGCCUUCCUGACAGGAAAGCCAGGCUCCAAUGUUGUCCUGAGUACUCAAGCCACAACUCAAGGCGCUCAGUUUCAGCAAACCCUCUUCAAGCCACAAGCAGCACAACCAUCUGGCAAGCCCCUGAGUGUACACUUGUUAAACCAAUCUAGCAGCAUUGUUAUUCCUUCUCAGACAGUUCUGCAAGGUCAGAACCACCAGUUUCUCUUGCCACAGCUGCAAGCAGGUGGGCAGAUCCUGACCCAGCACCCCGGGGGCCACAUCAUCACAAGCCAGGGUCCUGGUGGACAAAUCAUUGCAAACCAGAUUUUAACUGCAAACCAGAAUAUCAACUUGGGUCAGGUGUUGACGUCGCAGAGCCAUCCUGGGGCAGCCCACAUCCUCUCUGCACCCAUUCAGCUCCAGCCUGGCCAGAUGGGCACGCCUACCCUAUUUCAGAUGCCUGUCACAUUGGCUCAGAGCCAAAAUCAGACACAGACCCAGACUGUCUCAGGUCAUGCCCAGACAGUCAUACAGGGCAUGCCAAUUCAGAACCCCCUGACCAUGCUGAGCCAGGUGGAAGGACUGAGCCCCGCUGUCAGCCUUCAGCCAGCCUUGCAGCCUCAGCCAAGUGGAGUCCCUAGCAGCACAGUAGCAGCAACUAUGGCUCAAGGACAGCCUGGAGAGUGUGUAACUGUGCUGGGAAGCUCCACAGACCAGGCUACUCAUCCCACUCAGCAGCUUGUACCACAGCCAUCUAUCCUUGCCAUGCAGCCGGCUUCUACUGUGUCCACGGUUACCACUGCAUCUUCCUCCUCUCCGUCCAUGUCAGUUUCCACCUCUUCCUCUGUCACAGCAGUGGGGCUGGUCCCCCCUCAGGCUCAGCAAAGUCCAGGGAGGUUACUGUUCACCAACCAGGGCCCCAGCAUGAUCCUGAGCCAAGAGUCUCUGCAAAUGUUUCUUCAACAGGAGCAGCACCACCAAACAGAGAAUGAGUCAACCCCCUCUGUGGGCGUACCUGCAUCUGUAAUCGUCAGCAGCAACAGCAUCCCUACUCCGGCCCCUGCUGUCCAUGACAGCCAAUUAACUGACUCUUGGGUGGGCCAGAGCCACAGCCCUUCCCCUAUGGUAAAGCAGGUACCCUCCAGUGGACAUCAGCAGCCUCUGAAGAUCCAUAGAAUGUCUCCUUGUCCACCUGCCACAGCACCACCAGUGGCAGAAAGUCCCCAGCCUUCCCAGUCUCCUCUUACUCUGAGCCAGCAGAUCCAGUCACCACACCACCAACAGCAGUCACGCCCUCCCUCUCAGCCUCAGCCACAGUCGCAAACUCCUUCUCGCUCAUGCACACCCUCAUCUCACCCUCCACUCUUUAUUGUCCAUAACCAAAUUGCAGAGUCCCCCAAACCAGCUCUACAGGGCCAGCCACAGCAAACGCCACCCCAACAGACACACAUUCAAGUUCAACUUCAGCCUCAGCCGGCCUCUCAGUCUACCCCUUACCAACAAGACAUGCCUCCUAUGUCACAGUCACCGAAGCCUCCACCUGCACAACAUCAGUUCACUGCAGCUCCUGUCAGCGCUUGUGCCACCACUGUGGUUAAAACUCAUGUUCCCAUCCAGGGCCUGACAUCAGAUCAGCAACAUAAUCUGCAGUUAGUAGGAGCACAAAUUCAGACUCUUUCAGCCAUCUCUCAACCCUCACCUAAGCAGAAACAGCUGCUGGAAAGGCUUCACCAGGUCCAGCAGAACAUCAUGCUACAAGCUAAGCAGCCUACUCAGCCUCAGCCUCAAAUCACCACUCAGUUUAGUUCCCAGCAAGAUGUGCCUCUUGAUAAAGUGGUGAUUGCAUCAUCAUCAGCCAGCACUGGUACACCUGCUCAGCUACCCUCAAUGCUGCAGCCGACAUCAGUGCUUGUCAAAACUCCUACAGCAUCAAGUGACUUACAGGUAUUCUCAGGAGCCCAAGGGCAAGCUGGAGCAAUGGUGAAUCAGACUGUCACUCCUGCCAGCCUUACCCAGCCUGCACAGGUUCAGCCAAAGCCAGGAGUGAUAAGCUCUGUUGGAGGGGUGACUCUGGGGAAAGGUGGCAUGCAGAUACAGGUGUUGGGAGCUAGUCUGACUCAAAUGCCUGCUCCACAGCCCCCAGCUUCAAUACAAGCUCAGACAACAACAAUAAUGAAAAUGCCUUUCAGCGCAGAGCCCAGUAAAGAAGCCAGGAUGCUAGAACAGCUAAGGAAACAUCAGGGUUCAGUGCUUCACCCAAACUACAGUGCCCCUUUCUGCUCAUUUGAGGACACACUGCACAGACUCCUGCCUUACCAUCUCUACCAGGGAACUGCCAACUCUUCUCAAGAUUAUCAAAGAGUGGAUGAUGAAUUUGAGAAGGUCUCCAGCCAGCUGCUGAAAAGAACUCAGGCCAUGCUGGAUAAAUAUCGUUACCUGCUCUUUGCAGAGUCAAAACAGAGACUGGGCCCCUCGGCAGAGAUGGUGAUGAUCGACCGGAUGUUCAUUCAAGAGGAGAAGGUUGCAUUAAACCAGGACAAGAUUUUGGCAAAGGAGAGGCCAGAAGAGUUUGUGGCAAAUGUGCGAAUGUUGGAGAGUGUUUCAUCCCAGCAGAAAUUAUCAUCUGCUGAACCCACCCCAGUGAGCGGAGGGGUAUCUGCUGCUGUCCCUGCUCCAGCGCCUGCUGUUGCUGUUGCUGCUGCUCCUGCUCCUGCUGCCAUCCCAUCCCCUGUUCCAAUCAUUGCCCCAAACCCUCUGCCUGCACCCACACCAGUUUCUGCUCCUGCUCCUUCUCCUGUCUCAGUUCCUUCUGCGGCCCCUUCUCUUUCCCCUUUCCCUCCUACCAAGCUCGUGAUAAAGCAGGGUGGAGGCAGUGCAUCUGUGUCCUGGUCCAGUAGCUGUCCUCCUCCUCCAGCUCCACCAGUCAAGCCAGUGGCUGAACCCACUAGCCAGAUCUCUACAGUUCGUACUCCAGCAUCGUCAUCCUCAUUUUCAUCCUCGACAUCAAACUCUCAAACGGCUGAUGACGAUGAUGCUCUUCCACAGCGAACGAGCAAACCGCCUAUCAAGACCUAUGAGGCUCGCAGGAGAAUUGGUUUGAAGCUAAAGAUCAAGCAGGAUCAAACGGGGUUCAGUAAGGUGGUCCACAACACUGCCUUAGACCCAGUGCACACACCUCAACCUCAGCUGAGCAGCCAGUCUAUGUCCCAGACUCAGCCGCAGUCUGAAGCUGCUGUAUCACAAGCGAAGGUUCACCCUUUAUCAACCCCUUCGGCCACGGUUAUCAGAACUCAGUCCCCUGUAUGCACUACUUCGUCUGGCUUGUCAGUCACAAUAUCAACCUCUCAGUGUAACCCAUCACUGAGAGGAAGUGUUCCCCCCAUUUCAGCCUCAUCUUCCUCCACCUCUUCAUCCCAUACUUGGUCUUCAUCCACCUCCUCAUCUUCCAUUCAAAUGAAUGGGACUUUGGAUCACCACGACACAGGUGGGGUCAAACACCACCCUGCCUCUACUGCCACUUCCUCACAGACAACUUGCCGUCUUCCCCUUCGAAAAACUUACCGGGAAAACAUUAGUCCUCGGGUCAGACCUGGUGUCCCAGGUGGAGGAGAUGAAAAUUUGUCCUACCCCAGAACCACACCAUCACCCCCCAGACACGAGGCCUCAAAUCCUCCCUCAGAGCGGACAGUGAUAGCAAGUGUGAAGGUAGAGAAGAGAGACAGGGAGGCUUUACUCACUCACACAGAUUCAAGCCACGAAACUGGCCGUUUGGGGAGUGCAGUGCAGGGGCUGGACGAAAUGGAUGUGUUUAGUCGUGGUAUCAAAACCACGCAACACCAUCAUCUCCCACAGCUUCUAGACAGAGAAGGGGCCAAGGAGAGAGGGGAAGAGCACACAGACCAAGAGACAGAUGUAAGUAAAUAUAAGAGGUUGAGUGGAAAAAAUCGACAUAAGGCAGGAGGAACAUUCAGAAUGGACCAGCAUGCCCCUGGGCCCCCGUCGCCAGAGUCUUCCUUCACACGAGACUCUUUGCUUCCUGCCAAACGCUGCAAGUCAGACUCUCCUGACAUGGAUAACGCCAGCUUCUCCAGCGGCAGCCCUCCAGAUGACUCACUGAAUGAGCAUCUGCAGUGCGCCAUUGACAGCAUCCUUAAUCUGCAGCAGGAACCCUCUACCCGCGGACACCAUAUUAAAGGGGGCAACAGCAGACCCCACCAACACCAAAGUCAGCGCCCUGGGGGCUCAGCGCCCUCAUCACACAGACCUUCAGUCCCAUCCUCUUCCUCUGCUUCUUCGUCCUCUUCCUUGGCCCAGCACCCUCAGGUUGGUGGCCGCGGCCACAACGGCAGCCUGGUGCCCCAGACUCAAAGUAGAUAACAGCCCCUCAGCCUCGGACUCACAAGGGGAACUAUGAAACAGUUUAACGAGGCAGGGGAAAGGGGCACUGUGAAAACAGUAUCACUGUAGUACUCUGCCAGGCUGUGUUGGCUUUGUUUGUUUAUUUGAAUUGUCCAAACAUUUCUUUGUCAUUUACAGUCUAAAGUUGCCCCAUGAUGGAAAUACAAACAUAGUCAAAAAUGGUGAAUUGCAGACUUGAACAUGCUCGACAGAUGUGCUCCCUCAGCCAAAUUCGAGUAACAAGAUGAAAUUGUCAGUGACUAUUGUUCUCUAAUUCUGUCUUUAUUUUUCACUUUGGUCUUUUUUUUUUUCCCUCAUUCACUUGUUCAUACAUUCCUUUCAUGUGGUCUGAGCACCAGUCUCUGUCCACAGCGGUUCAUCUUCUGGUUUAAUCAGUGUCGUAAUGAGCAUCAGGCAUCUUAUUCAAACAGUUUAAAAGGUAACAGCUUUUCACUAAGAGAGCUGCAGAAGAAAGGCCAAAGAGGUUACAGCAGUGUAGUACUGUAAACAGUCAUAAUACAUCCAGUGUGCUGCUGGACCUACCAUAUUUGAUUCUCUUAUCACAAAGAUAGUGUUGCUCCAGAGAUGCAAACAACAAAUGCUAAAAUGAAGCAGUCCAACUCUUUAUCAAGACCACGCUUCUUUAUGUAGUGUAUUAACCCUAAAUAUCAGUUGCUUUGGUCUUAAGGUAAACUCCUCUUGAAUUGAAAAAAGUGAGUACCAUCAACCUCUGUGUGUCUCCAUUUUAAACAGAUAUCAUGUCUUUUUUUCUUUUCUUAUUUUAAGUAAAUGUUAAGGGGAAAAAAUUAAACGUUUGUAAAAUUGGUUUGAAAUUGACUGCUCAGAUGCUGUUGUACUGUCAGGAUGUAAAUGAACUUGUAAGAAAUGCAUUUUUUCUGCUUCUAUUGUCAGAUGAUUUUCCAGUUUCUUGUUUUUAGACUGCACCUCCACUCACCCCCUGUUGCCUGUGAUGCCAGGUUAGGACUUUAUGCAUUUCAGUCAGCAGGGGUCAGGCAAGGUUUCUGUGUUUUCUGUCUUUUGGAUCUUCCUGUCACUGUAUGCCUGCCUCACUUGAGUUUUUGUUUUUGUUUUUGUUUGUUUGUUUUUAUUUCCCCCCCUUUGUAUAAGCCUGGUGGACAAUUCAAACACAAACACAGCACAAGCAUUGAAAUUGAAAAAAAGGAACAAUAAUAAUGUACAAAAAAGACCGUGAGAGAAUUUGAAGUAUAGUAUUACAGAUUAAUUUUGUAUUGUAUUUAUUGUGUAUAAUGACACUUUUUAAAAAGAAAAUGUACAUUUAGUAAAACUGUAAAUUAAACCUUGCUUCUUUUAUGAAAUA